CCCAUCAGCAUACAAACCAACAGCAUGAAUGGCAGCAGCAACAGCCUCCACAGUGCAGGAAAUGAGAAUAAUAACAUUGCACCUAAUAAAAAUAUUAAAAGUGAUUAUUUUGGUUAUAACCAACCACAACAUCCUUCAACUAACAAUUGUCCUGCUAAUUCAUUUAGUCACAAUGCUCAAAGGUUUAACAAAGGUGUUAUGGAUAACAACAACAAUGUUAAGUUUAGAAAACCAUUGAACAACAAUAAUAAUUCAAAACAUUAUCAAAACAUUUCCCAUGACAACAACAGCAAUAUUUUUCGAAUGAAUUCAGUUCACAAUUCUCCACUGUUGAAGAAAAAUGACUUGAACAAAUCAAACACUGCCAUUUUAAACAUGGGAAACAAUAAAGCCAAUGCCAAUUACAUGAAUGCCGAUAAUAUUUCCAAUAAGACAAACUUGGAGCAGAAGAAUAAUAAUUUAUAUAAAAGAAGCAACAGU